GGUGCAAAAUGGGUUGUUGAUCUUAGAACUAAUCAGUGCUCUAACGUUAGACUGAAGCUCCUGCUGCUGAUAGACAGAAGGGGAACAGGGAGCUGCUGGCCCUGGAGGACUGGCACCAAAAUUUUUGUCAGUCUGUCUCCCAGUUUUGGCAAAGCAUUCUGUUUUCAUUGUGCCACGGUUUGGACUUUGAACCCAGUUAGUAUGACAAGACUGAUUGGAACAACCUGCACUGUGUUGUUCUCACACUGUUUUUUAUGGGCUUUGUUAAUUAAUCCAUCUAGUAAUUCAUUCAGUGCCUCACUGAACUGCCCCUGCCCCAUGUCUGCUCAGUCUGUGUGUUGUCCUGUGUUUUUGAGCUCUCUUUGUAGAUUCUGAGUGUUCUUACAAGUGAAGUCAACAGUUGUUUCGAGGAGAAAACAGAGGAUGUCUUUCGAUCCAAAGAAGAUGGAGUUUAGUCGAGGGGAACUCUUUGAUUUCCAUGGAGUCGCAAUGGUCGAGCAGUUCACCAAAAACUGGGAGAAGGUCCAGAACUUUCAGGCCAGGCCAGAUGAUAUACUUAUUGCGACAUACCCCAAAGCAGGAACCACAUGGGUCUCUUUGAUACUUGACCUGCUGUAUUUUGGUCAAACAUCUCCCGAGCGUCAGACAUCCAUCCCAAUCCAUAAAAGAGUGCCUUUCUUGGAGUCCACCCUCCCGUCCAAUGAUGCAGGUCUUCAUUUAGGAACCGAUGUAGCAGAGAACCUCACCACCUCUCCACGACUCAUUAAAACUCAUUAUCCAGUCCAGUUCGUGCCGAAGUCCUUUUGGGAGCAAAACUGCAAGAUAGUCUACAUGGCCCGCAAUGCCAAAGACAGUAUGGUGUCUUUUUUUCACUUUGAUCGCAUGAUGAUGACCCAGCCAGACCCUGGAGACUGGAACAGCUACUUCCACAGAUUCAUGGAGGGACAGAUGGUGUUUGGAUCCUGGUAUGACCAUGUGAACAACUGGUGGAAGAAGAAACAGACCUACUCAAACAUCCAUUACAUGUUCUACGAAGACAUGAUCGAGGACACUGGACGGGAAAUAGACAAACUCUGCUCGUUUCUUUGUUUGUCUCUUUCGGCCGAGGAGAGGAAACAAAUCCUGUAUGGAGUGCAGUUUGACAACAUGAAGAGAAACAAAAUGGCCAAUUAUUCUACACUCCCGAUCAUGGAUUUCAAAAUUUCUCCGUUCAUGAGGAAAGGGAAGGUCGGUGACUGGAGGAACCAUUUCACUGUGGCCCAGAAUGAAGAGUUUGAUGAAGACUACAAGAAAAAGAUGAAGGACCCCACACUUGAGCUCCGCACUGAGAUUUGAGCGUGAACAUGCG